AUGAAUAGAGAACAAUUUUUACUAGAUCGCAAAAAAGGUAUAGGUGGUUCAGAUUGUGCAGCAAUACUUGGAGUAUCACCAUGGAGAACUCCACUUGAUGUUUACAAUGAUAAGUUAAGCCCUGAUAUAUCGGAUGAGCCAAAUGAAGAUAUGCGUAGAGGAAUACUUGCUGAAGAGUUUGUACUGAAAGAAUAUGUAGAACGUACAGGCGAGUUUUUAAAAACCAAUAUACCAACUAUAAUUAGCAAUGAAUAUCCAUUCAUGCGAGCUAAUAUUGAUGCUUUAGCUGGGGAUAAUAUAGUUGUAGAAGCCAAGACUACAAAAGCAAAUAUGUCGGCAUGGGAGAACGGAAUACCUGAAUAUUAUAAAGCGCAAGUAGCUUAUUAUGCGAUGCUAACAAAUGCAGAGCGUGUAGAUAUACCAGUGUUGUUUAGCUGUUGGGAAUAUGCUUGCUUUACGUACUGGAGAGAUGAAGAAUAUGAGUCUCGUAUAAAAAAAGCUGUAAUAGAAUUUUGGCAAGAGCAUAUUAUAAAAAAUAUUCCACCAAAACCAAAAAGCUCAGAAGAAUUAAAAGUUGCCUAUCCAAAUAUUGAUGAAGCUUUAGUUAAAAAAGCGGAUGACCAUAUUCGCCAUGUAGUUUCAGAAUAUCAAGAAGUAUCUGACCAAGUAAAAAAGUUAGAAGAAGAAAAAGAGUCAUUAAAAAAUACCAUAUUAGUAUAUAUGGAAAAUGCAGGACAGCUUGACGCUGGAUUUUGCAAGCUAGCUUUAAGGGAUAGGACAAUAAAUAGGUUAGAUACACAAGCUCUAAAAAAGCAAAAUCCAGAAAUAUAUCAAAAUUAUUUAAAGGAAACUCACUCAAGGUUUCUACAAUUCAUGAGAGGUUAA